AUGGAAUCCGCUCGAAGCCUUUACAAAAAAGACAUUGAUUUUGCAGCCUUAGCGCUGCAAUCUCGCGACUUCGCCAAGCAGUUAAAACCAAAUGGCCAAUUGGACUUCAACGACCCAGCCGCGGUCCGACAACUCACAACUACCCUCCUUCAACAAGACUUUCACUUGAAAGUUGAGAUUCCGGAAGAUCGACUAUCCAUGCCUGUGUCUGACAUACAGGGUAGACUUAACUACAUUCUCUGGAUACAGGACCUGAUUGACUCCACCGCUGGAGGGUUGCACGAGGGCUAUGAUCGAGAACGAGAAGUUGUCGGCCUUGACAUUGGAACGGGGUGCAUCGGCAUCUAUCCUCUCCUAGGAUGUGCCACACGGCCACAAUGGAAGUUCAUAGCAACAGAUAUUGACCCGAAUAACCUCCGCACUGCCCAGCAUAAUGUGGCACUGAACGACCUCAGAUCCCGCAUCUACGUCCUGCAGUCCGACCCUCAGGGUCCGAUCUUCCCUCUGGGGAAUAUCCCUCAACAGACUCUCGACUUCACUAUGUGUAAUCCGCCUUUCUAUACCACGCGUGAUGAAUUAGUUCAAUCCGCGGAGCAGAAGAACCGCAUUCCCUUUUCCGCAUGCACCGGCGCCGAGGUAGAAAUGGUGACCAAUGGCGGAGAAGUUGCUUUCGUGAAGAAGAUGAUUGAGGAGAGCCUCAUGCUACGUGACCGGAUCCAGUGGUACACAUCCAUGUUCGGCAAGCUGAGCAGUGUCUCCGUGGUUCUGGAGAUGCUGAUCAAGCACGAAAACAACAAUUUUGCAGUCACCGAGUUCGAUCAGAAUGGUAAAACGAAGCGCUGGGCUGUGGCGUGGUCGUGGGGAAAUAGAAGGCCUGCUAUGAGUAUCGCGCGAGGAAAUCCAGGCUGUCCGAAAAAUCUCCUGCCUUUCCCUGCAGAUUACACAUUUGCGCUACCCUCGGGGACGUCUAUUGACACAGUUACUGCUACCUUGAACUCAGAACUCAACUCUUUGCCUUGGUUUUGGGCUUGGGAUCAGACUCGUUCUUCGGGGACUGGGUUUGCCGCUGAGAAUGUGUGGUCUAGACACGCUCGUCGGAAGAUGAAACUUGCCGGAGAGGAGGGGGCUGCUAAAUUGAAGGCGAUUCCGGCGGAAGUGGCGCUAGGAGUGCGCGUCCAAAUACGGCUGGCCCGGGGAGAGAAGCCAGGAGAUCAAGUGGUGAAAGUCUUGGUGCGCUGGAUUCAGGGCCUUGACAGCGUGCUGUUCGAGAGCUUCUGCGGGAUGGUCAAGAGGAAGCUGGAUUCAAAAUGA